UGAGGCCCUUUCCACACGCCCCUUACACAAAGCCGAGUGUGGAAACCUCACUCGCCCCUCUCUCGUGCUAAACUUCGUCGCUCCGGUUAGUCAUCCCAAACGGACUCCCGAUCUGCCGGGGGAUCGAUUUCUUUCUAGGGCUUUGAGCGGCCGAUCCAUUCAUCCUGUAUUGGAUUGGAUUCCGAGGUUCUCCAAUCCCUUAUCCUAUAUCAUUGCGACGAAUUCAAUUCUUGAGGUUAUUUGUUUGAUUUUGAUCUCCUUUGUUCUUGUUCCGAGCCCUCGAUUCGGGGAUUUUGGGAUGUAUGUAUGUUCUUUACUUUGUUUCGUGAGGCCCUUAUGAAUUUGUGAGUGGAGAUUCUGAUAGCAAUUCAGAUUUGGGGAUUUUUGUUCUUUGAAUAUUUGAUCGUUGAAUACGGAGGGAUUUGAUGAACUAUGGAUGGCAACAAGGAUGAAGCUGCAAGAUGCGUCAAGAUAGCUAAGUCCGCUUUAGCAUCCGGAGAUAAGCAGCGGGCUCUAAAACUCAUCAGAAUCGCGCGAAGAUUGGAUCAUUCUCUUCCUCUGGAUGGUUUGCUUGUUGCUUGCGAGAAGUUAGAUGGUUCCGAUGCUGUGAACCGCAAGGAAGAGGUAGCAGCAGAUCGAGUUCGCGAAGAGCCAUCGUGCUCCAAGGCGGCGGAGACUGCUGGUGAAGGACAUGACUACACGGAAGAUCAUGUUAGGCUGAUUCGUCAGAUCAAAAUGACCAAGGAUUACUAUGCCGUUCUCGGGGUCGAGAAGAAUUGCUCGGUCGAGGAAAUCAGGAAGGCUUAUAGGAAGUUGUCGCUUAAGGUGCAUCCUGACAAGAACAAGGCACCGGGAGCGGAGGAGGCCUUCAAGUCCGUUUCCAAGGCGUUCAAGUGUCUGAGUGAUGAGCAAUUAAGGCGAAAUUAUGAUCAGAUUGGUGUGGCCGAAGAUUCCGAGUACAACCUGCAAAACGUUAACAUGAGGAGGCGAAGGAGGAGGAGAACCACAAAGAAUGACUUCUUGGAUGAGGAUUUCGACCCGGAUGAAAUCUUUAGGUCUUUCUUCUUUGGUACUCAAGGCAAUGCAUUUCGCACCCAACGAGCUUACAGGGCAAGAGGAAUGGGCCAGCAUUUCAGGGAACACAAUGUUCAAGGAGGAGGUGGAGGGUUUAGUUUCAUAGCCUUGUUUCAGAUAUUGCCAAUCUUGCUUUUUUUCCUGUUUUUGUAUUUCCCUUUCCCGGAGCCACAUUAUUCUUUGCAGAAGACUCGUGUAUACGAGAUUCCUAAGGUUACUGCAAAAGAUGGAGUACAGUACUUUGUUAGGUCAGAAGAUUUUGAACGAGAGUUUCCUCUAGGAAGUUAUUCAAGAGAGACUCUUGAAUACAAUGUUUUUAGAGACUAUAGAAGCAUACUGAGCCGAUAUUGUCGUAUUGAACUGCAAAGACGUCAGUGGUCCAGGAGUUAUCCCACACCAUACUGUGAUAAACUUCGGAAUCUUCAAGUUGCUUGAUGGUCUAGUGAGGGUUCAUGGAGGUUUCUUCAAGUUGGUAAUGAAGAAUUCUAUUAACAAUCUGAGUUGCCAUAUAAAUCAAAGAGGAUAUUACUUGCACAAUAUAAGAGAGAGAUAGGUUGAUCAUUCACGAAAGAACAUGACUUGGUGCUGAUAGGUCUGGUGGUUGAUAGACCUAUAUUUGUAAGACUGGCAUUGAGAGCAAGCAAAUCAGGGAAAACGAUACUCGUGUGACAAGUUACCUAUAACUAUAGAUGAUCCUUGUCUUUGAUAA